GACACUGGCACUGGCACCUCCACUUCCGGGUUCAAUCGCCAGGCAGCCCCCACCUGACCCUCACACCCGCUAUAGAAACCACAACCGCCCUGUACGCAGUAAGAAGGGCCUUUUGCCUACGUCACCAGGGCGUCAGUAACGGAUUUUGUCCCGUUCGAUUGGCAGCCUGAGAGGAAGCCCCGCCCGCCGCCUCCCCUGUUACUAGGGUGACUGCCGGGCUGGGAGAGCGGAAGUGCUGGUUUCCCGCCGCUCGAGGGGUUCUGCGGUCUGUUGCGGAGGGCGCGGCGCGAGCCUCAGGACCGCUCCACAUGGGGGACGUGCACGAGGGGCCGCGGGCCCGCAUCGCCACCAGCCACUUAGCGCAGCACCUCGGGAAGCCCGUUUGCUUCGUGGGCCGACUGGAGAAGAUUCACCCAUCAGGGAAACUUUUCAUCCUUUCAGAUGGAGAAGGAAAAAAUACAACUGUUGAACUGAGCGAGCCUUUAGAUGAAGAACUCUCUGGUGUCAUUGAAGUAGUGGGAAGAGUUACAAAUCAGGCAACUAUCAUGUGCAUGUCGUAUGUCCAGUUCAGAGAAGAUAAAAGCGCUUUUGAUCUUGCGCUUUACAAUGAAGCACUGAAAAUUAUCCAUGAAUUUCCUGAGUACUUCCCAUUUGGUGUUACAAGGAAUGAUUGAUACUUCUUGGCACACACCUUCCAACUUCAGAGUAGAGAAUAACUGCAUGGUGUAAUCUUAUUGUUGAGCAAGGAGGCUGAAAUUAUUUCGUGGAGGUGCUCAAGAGAUGUUUGUUGGCCAACUGCUAUUUGAACUGGACACUGUGACAAGGUACUACUGACUUAUUUCGUACUUGCGUCUUUACUAACAAUCCUAAGUGCAGCCAAUGAAAAAAUGUAGUUUUGUUGGAAUUGAGAUCUUUUCAGUAAGAGGUAAAAUAUUAUUUUGACUGUUUCAGGCAUUUUAUAUAUAUGUAAUGUUUGUGUAUCCAGAGGAAUGUUUUAGUAAGCAAAUUAGUUUGUUUUUAAAAGAAAAAAAAAUCAAUGUUUAAGUUUCUGUGUGCUUCCUCCCAUACCACAUGUAUCAGGUGUUCUAUAUGAUACUUAACAGGAAAUGUGUAUUUAAAAUUAAGACAUUUUAUGGGCUGUAGCUUUAAACAGUAUCUUUAAACUUGGAUUAUGCAAGCUUGGAUAUGAGUUCUUAUGUCUUGGAAACAGUCACUUUCCUUAGUUUGGCAAUAAAGCCUCAAACCUGACUUGAA